GUGGUACCGAGAGCGAUGGCGGCGGCGGUGGGUGUCUUCAUCGGGCAGGCGUGGAGCGGCGUGCCUUGGUUCGAGGCGGGUGCCGACCUCGGCGCCAUCGCGCCCUUCUCCUUCGGCUCCCUCCUCGGCAUGCAGCUCAUCUUCAUGGGACGGGUGGAGUCGAAGCGGUGGGUGGACUUCUUCAACCCGGAGUCGCAGUCGGUGGAAUGGGCUACCCCUUGGUAUCGCACGGCCGAGAACUUUGCCAACGCCACCGGCGCGCAGGGCUACCCGGGGGGCAAGUUCUUCGACCCCCUGUGCUUCGCCGGCACGCUCAGGGACGGCGUGUAUGUGCCAGACGUCGAGAAGCUCGAGCGGCUCAAGGUGGCGGAGAUUAAGCACGCACGGAUUGCUAUGCUUGCCAUGCUCGUCUUCUACUUCGAGGCUGGCCAAAGCAAGACUCCACUUGGAGCACUGGGCGUGUGA